CACAUAAUCAUGCGAUCUUUUCCGCCGUCACCAUCGCCCGCCUCUAUUGAAAACAAUACUCAUGAUCAUCGUCACCUACAUGAAGACUUCACUCUUAUGAUCAUUGUCUUCGUUUUGUAUGGCAUCGUUGCCAUGUAUGCAACCGUUAAUGAUGAUCAUUCUCGUGGAACUAAUCUUAGAUUCCAAAGACGGCAACCGCCUCUACCGCUGUCGCAACCGCAACCGCCAAUGUGUCUGCGGCAGAUUGAUGCGAUGAUUAAAGAGAUAGUUGUGGACGUGGAAUUGUGUUGUCCUAUAUGUCUUGAGGAUUUGAAGAAGGUUGAUGCUGAUGAUGAUAAAGUGGUGGUUUGUUUAUCCAAGUGCAAUCAUAGUUUUCACAUGAAUUGCAUUUUUUCUUGGCUAAGACAGAGUCAGGAUUGUCCAAUUUGUCGUAGCUCGGUUUAUAGAGGUGAAGUGACAUUGAUCAAUAAUGGUGUAGGAGUAUGAGGU